AUGGCUUCGCUCCCAGAUUUUCCACCGUUUAAUGUACACGAGGACUCUAAUGCUGGCCCAAGAUGGAAAAAGUGGCUCACGAGAUUCGAACGGCUCCUUGGCGGACUUAACAUCACAGCUGAUAAAAGAAAAACAGCUUUGCUCUUGCACUACGCUGGCCCUGAUGUCGAUGAUAUCUACGAUACUCUGCCGACUAGCAGCAACGAAGACUACAAAACCGUAGUGGAAAAGCUCAACCAGUACUUCUCACCUCAAACUAAUGUGGCUUUCGAAGUUUUUAACUCCCGCCAAGCGAAACAGAAACCCGACGAGUCUCUUGAUUCUUAUCAUACUCGAUUACGCCAUCUUUCUCAAACGUGCGAAUUUAGCGACCCAGCUAAAGAGAUCAAAGACCAUAUUAUUUUGACCUGUACGUCCAACUCUUUACGCCGACGAGCCCUUCGUGACAAUCUUGAUCUACCGAACCUGAUGAAGACCGGCAGAGCCAUCGAACUAAGCGAAAAACAAGCCAGCCAAGUCGAGCAACAAGAAUUCUCAAGCGUAAAUUCAGUUCGUCACGGAAAUAUACAACAGCCAAAUACGGAAGCCACAGGCCCCCCAAGAUCGCGUUUUGAGAACCAACGAUUACGUAAUUUCAGAGGCGCUGAGCAAUCUCGUGCCAGAGAAACCUGUGGAAACUGCGGUGGGACAUACCCGGCAUAUUUGCCGCACCAAACCCCCAUCAUCUCAGCAUGUAAAGAACGUCACCCAUACCCGCCCCCAGUCUCCACCCGAUUCCGACUUCGAACCAGACUAUGCUUUCACAAUCGCAAAUCUCUCUGGAACACCCACAUCACCAAAGUGCCACGUAAACAUUGCAGGGCACAGCGUAUCCGUCAUGAUAGACUCUGGCGCUUCUGUCAAUAUCCUCGAUGACGCCACCUUUAACAAAAUUACCCGCAACAAAGGAAUCAGUCUUGAACAAACAAACCACAAAAUUUAUUCCUAUGGAUCACUACGUUCACUACCACUAAAAGGAGUUAUCAAAACCAACAUUUCCACUGAUUCUAAGCACCUUUCUGCCCAAUUCCAUGUAGUUCACGGGAACUCUGGAAAUCUGCUAAGCUACACCACCGCCUGCCAACUCAACUUGCUCAAAGUUACGAUCAACAGCACUACCCAUCACAUACCAUCCACUAAUCAGUAUCCCCCAGAGUUCGAAUGCCUCUUCUCUGGCAUUGGAAAGCUAACUGGUAAAACUGUUAAACUGCACACUGAUCCUGAUGUUUCCCCCAAACAACAACCCCACCGUCGAAUCCCAUUCCACGUUCGAUCUGAUGUCGAGAAAGAGCUCAAACGGCUUGAAGAGUUAGAUAUCAUCGAAAAGGUUGAUGGACCAACACCAUGGAUCAGUCCCAUUGUGGUCGUCCCGAAAAAGUCUGGCGAA